AUGCUCCGCGGCCAGACACUCCCCUGGAGAGCCGCGCUCCACCAAACGCCGCGUCCUAUAAUCCUCCGCCCCCUGCUCUCUUCUCCCAGACACAAUGUCAGUGCUCGUUCAAUUUUGAAUGCCGCCCGAGCUGGCCGUAUCCUUCCAUCCUCUCGACCUUUCUCCUCGAGCUCGAUCCGUCUGAAAGAGAAGCCCCCACAAAGUGAUGACAAGGAGGACACAACGCAAAAAGAGCAGAAGGAUACCAAGGAGGAGAAGGACUCUGUACGGCGCUCAGAUGCUCGACGAAAGGCGACCGAUCCCUCCAGCAGGCAGGGAUCGUCACUAGAACCCGGAGCUCCGACAUCGGGGACGUGGCGGCGGAAAGAGAAGGCGGCGAUGGACAAGGAGCAACGCGGCUUGGAAGAGGAGUCGAAAAAGAGCGGCAAAUCGGCAGAGGGCAAAGGAAGCUCUUCCGACGAACCCACCCCCAUACCUGUCAGUGGUGGCUCCUCGGACUCCAAGCCUAGCGGCGCCAGUAACGGCGACAGUGAGGAUGGCGGCAAGAAGGGCAAGAAGGGCAGUAAUGAGAAGGCUUUACAGAAACCAGUGGUCCCAGACAUCUAUCCUCAGGUCAUGGCUAUUCCCAUCGCGAAGCGACCACUCUACCCGGGUUUCUACAAAGCUAUCACCAUCAAGGACCCCAACGUUGCCAGCGCCAUCCAGGAGAUGAUGAAGCGUGGCCAACCUUAUGUGGGCGCCUUCCUGUUCAAGGAUGAGAAUGCGGAUGGAGAUAUAAUCGAAAACCUCGAAGAUGUCUAUGACGUCGGUGUCUUCGCACAGAUUACCGCAGCCUAUCCUCUCCGUGGCGACACGGGCGGUGUGACAGCCGUCCUUUACCCCCACCGUCGUAUCAAGAUCUCCUCCCUCAUUCCCCCCAACGAUGCGAAGUCAGGCACAGCAGAGGAAAAGGUUCAGGAAAAGCGUGGAGAUGUCGUGGCCAGUUUCGAGGAGGGUAGUGCGGAAGUCGCCCCCAAGGACCACUACGAACCAACCUCCUUUCUGCGAAAGUACCUUGUCAGCCUUGUCAAUGUCGAGAAUAUGGCCGAGCAGGCCUACGACAAGAAAAGCGCCAUCAUUCGCGCCGUGACCAGCGAAAUCGUCAACGUUUGCAAGGAAAUCGCUAGCCUGAACCCUCUAUUCCGUGAUCAAAUCUCUGCCUUUUACACCGAUCAAUUUCCCGGAAAUUUGAGUGACGAUCCCGCCAAAUUAGCCGAUUUCGCUGCCGCCGUCUCUGCCGGUGAACUCAACGAAAUGCAAGAGGUCCUGGAGCUAAUGGACAUCGAAGAACGACUUCCCAAGGCUCUCGUUGUCUUGAAGAAAGAGCUCAUGAAUGCUCAACUCCAGUCGAAGAUCUCUAAGGAUGUCGAGGCCAAGAUUCAGAAGCGACAACGUGAGUACUGGCUCAUGGAGCAGAUGAAGGGCAUCAAGAGGGAGUUGGGCAUCGAGUCUGAUGGUAAAGACAAGCUGGUUGAGAAGUUCAAGGAUAAGGCGGAGAAGCUCGCAAUGCCGGAGGCCAUCAAGAAAGUGUUCGACGAGGAACUCAAUAAGCUGGCUCACCUGGAGCCUGCUGCAUCCGAGUUCAACGUGACGCGGAACUACCUGGAUUGGUUGACUCAGAUCCCAUGGGGUCAGAAGAGCGUGGAGAAUUUCAGUAUCAAGAACGCGAUGACCGUCCUUGAUGAAGAUCACCACGGUCUCAAGGACGUCAAAGACCGCAUUCUCGAGUUCAUUGCCGUUGGAAAGCUCCGCGGAACUGUCGAGGGCAAGAUCCUCUGUCUGGUGGGACCACCAGGUGUAGGUAAGACCAGCAUUGGAAAGUCCAUUGCACGUGCCUUGAACAGGCAGUACUACCGUUUCUCUGUUGGUGGCUUGACAGAUGUUGCUGAGGUCAAGGGACACCGUAGGACUUAUGUUGGCGCACUUCCUGGCCGUAUCAUUCAGGCCCUCAAGAAAUGCCAGACCGAAAAUCCUCUGAUUUUGAUCGAUGAGAUCGACAAGAUCGGCCAUGGUCACCAAGGUGAUCCCUCUUCAGCUCUGCUCGAACUCCUCGAUCCCGAGCAGAACUCUUCAUUCCUGGAUCACUACAUGGAUGUCCCAGUGGACUUGUCUAAGGUUCUUUUCGUCUGUACCGCAAACAUCACCGACACCAUCCCUCGGCCUCUCCUGGAUCGCAUGGAGUUGAUUGAGCUCUCCGGCUACGUUGCGGAUGAGAAGAUGGCUAUCGCCCAACGCUACCUUGCACCUGCUGCGAAAGAACUGACGGGUCUGAAAGAGGUUGACGUUACCUUGACCGAGGACGCAGUUGAGGAGCUUAUCAAGUCAUAUUGCCGUGAAAGUGGCGUACGUAACUUGAAGAAGCAGAUCGAGAAAGUCUACCGCAAGGCCGCCUUCAACAUCGUCCGUGACCUGGGAGAGGAUGUCCUCGCCGAAGAAAAAGCAAUCACAGACGAGGGUAAGGCCGCGCAAGCGGAAGCGCAGAAGGAGGCUGAGUCGACUGAUUCCGCAAGCGCUUCUGUUGACUCGGAGAAGCCCACCACGGAAACACCCCGAGUUGCGUUGAAGGUCCCUGAGCAUGUUCGUGUCAGCAUCGACAAGGACAGCUUGACUGACUACGUUGGCCCUCCCGUCUUCAGGGCUGACCGUCUGUAUGAGACUUUCCCGGCUGGUGUCACCAUGGGUCUCGCCUGGACCAGCAUGGGCGGUGCCGCUCUAUAUGUCGAAUCCAUCCUCGAGAACGCUCUGUCGCCCGAGUCCCGGCCUGGUAUCGACAUUACCGGUAACCUACAAAACGUCAUGAAAGAGUCUAGCCAGAUCGCAUACUCGUUCGCCAAGUCUGUGAUGGCGAAGCAGUUCCCUGAGAAUCGAUUCUUCGAGAAGGCCAAGUUGCACAUGCACUGUCCUGAAGGUGCAGUGCCCAAGGAUGGACCGUCUGCCGGUAUCACAAUGGCGACGUCUUUGUUGUCCCUGGCUUUGAACCACCCCCUGGACCCGACCAUCGCCAUGACCGGUGAACUCACGGUCACCGGUAAGGUCUUGCGCAUCGGAGGACUACGGGAGAAGACGGUGGCCGCUCGCCGUGCCGGAGCUAAGAAGAUCAUCUUCCCUGCGGACAACAUGUCCGACUGGUUGGAACUGCCCGAGAAUAUCAAAAAGGGUAUUGAAGGCCAUGCAGUUGGAUGGUACUCAGAAGUCUUCGACAUCUUAUUCGCCGAUCUUGACAAGACCACUGCCAACCAGAUUUGGCAGAAGGAGCUUGCGGCCAAGCCGAAGAAGAAGUCCCAGGCGACCGAGGAGGAUGAGUGA